AUGGCCAAGCGGGUGGCCGUGGUGCUGGCUGGCUGCGGGGUGUUCGACGGCAGCGAGAUCCACGAGGCGUCCGCGGUGCUGGUGCAUCUCAGCCGGGAGGGGGCUCAGGCUGAGGUUUAUGCUCCCAACAUCCCCCAGAUGCACGUGGUGGACCACGUGAAGGGGCAGCCCACCGCGGAGCAGCGCAAUGUCCUGGUGGAAAGUGCCAGGAUAGCCAGAGGCAACAUCAAGGACCUGGCUACGCUGGAUGUCAAGGGGCUGGAUGCCCUCAUCAUCCCAGGUGGCUUCGGGGUGGCAAAAAACCUGAGCACUUGGGCCACGCAGGGCAAGAACUGCAGUGUCUCCAAAGAGGUGGAGGCUGUCCUGAGGGCAUUCCACGCUGCCCACAAACCCAUUGGGCUGUGCUGCAUCUCCCCAGUGCUGGCAGCCAAAAUCUUCCCGGGCUGUGAGGUCACCGUGGGACACGACACGGAGUGUGAUGGGAGGUGGCCUUAUGCCAAGACUGCUGAGGCCAUGAAGGAGCUGGGCUGCAGGCACAUCAACAGCCAGGUCACCGAGGCCCAUGUGGACACCAGGAACCUCCUGGUGAGCACCAGCGCCUUCAUGUGCAACGCCCCCAUCCACCAGGUGCACGACGGCAUCGGCAGCAUGGUCAGGGAAGUGCUGCGCCUGGCCUGA